AUGGCUUUUAUUUUGAUUCUAUAUAUAUUGUUAAUAACAAUAUAUUCCCAGCCAAUCAUCCCAAGCUGCCCUCAAUUUUAUAACAAAAUAUCAAUUAGGCAAAAUGAAUAAAUUUAAUAAAUAAUUGCAGUUCCAAACACUAAUAUGCUUUUGAUCGCUACUCAAAAUGGACAAUCUGGUUCUACUACAUUCAUAUAUUAUAAUUAUGUAAGUAACUAAUAUACAAAUCACUAUACAGUUCAGACAACGUUUAUUUACAUUGAUUACAGCUCUGAUUUAGAUCAGUGGAUAGCUCUUUCUAAUUCAUACCUAAUGAUUAUGAAUUUAUAUUAGUUUUAAAUAGUUAAUUCUUAUCUUUACUCUUCAUACAUCAAUUUUUUUUUAAUUCCUGGAACAUUUACUGUAUUAUUAACUAUGAAUUAAUCUUAAUCCUAGUAGGUAAAUCUAUUAAACGGAAACGCAAUGAAUUAAUAUUACACAGUUAAUUGGUAGGAUUUAAGCAAUGCAAAUAAUACUAAUUCAUUUGUAUAGACAAUUAAAGAUGGAGUUAAUUUAUAUCUACUACUUUAAACAUCACAAGUCGAAGUUUGGGAUUUUGAUAAUGUCUCUUAUCUUUAUACUUUAAAUAUACUAAAUCAAAACUAAACUCCUCUAUCUCCUGGUAUAGCUGGAUUCGUAAUUAUCCCUAAUACAAAUUAUGGUAUUUAAGCAGGGGGUCAAAUUAAUACAUUGAGAUGCUGGUAUCUAGGUUCAGUCGACUAAUAAAGUAUAUUUCGACAAGUAAACGAAACAAAUGUUGGUAAAAAUCCUUUGUCAUAAAUGGGAUAUUUGAGCUGGAAUAAUCUUGAUUAUGUAUAUAUAAGUGAAGUUUACUCUAAUAACAUUCAACCAAGCAAUAUUUAUGUGUACUAAAUUAUCAUUAACGAAUAAGAUAAUAUCUGUUAAAUGAAUUUCAUAAUCUAGCAUACUUAGUAUUUCUAAUAAAUAUUGCUAAUCUAAAACACCAAAAAAUUAAUGCUCUAUACAAAUAAAGACUUGCUUACAAUUGAGGACAUAUUCAAUAAGUCCAGUUAUAAUGAUUUAAUGAAUAUAUUGUGGACAGAUAACGCUUAAAUAGAUGCAUUAUUUGAUGUCAAUCUAAUAGUUGCUCCUUCACCUAACAACCAAAGCUUAAUAUUUUUAGAUUAUUCUUUUAGUAUUAAAAAAUAAAUCCCUUUUUAAAAAGGAAUAAAUUAUAAUUAAAGUAUUAUGACCAUUGAUAAUCUACCUGGUUGGAUAGUAGCAAGCUCAUAUAGUAAUCCAAAUAUUAUUGACGCUUAAGAAAAUGGUAUUUACUUUUAUAAUUACAUAUCGGGAGAGACCUAGUAUUUAAAGAUGAAUCUUGAUUCUUACUAUACAAUAUAUUUUGAUGCUGCCUUUUAUAUUAACAAUAAAGUGAAUGUUUGUAUUAGAAUAUUGUAUAAAAAAACAUUUUUUACAAUAUCUUAGUAGCAGGCUAGUAACCUAAAAGAUAAAUACAAAUAUUAUACUAUUUAAUGUUUAGUUUAUUCAUUAAUAGACUAAUAAUCACACUUAUAUAAUUUAGAUCUAUCUAGCCUGUAUCCAAAUGGGUAUUAUAUAGACCCUUCAUACUCAUUUGUUUACUAUACUAGAAAUGAAUAUUGGACUCUCUAUAAUGAUGGGAAUAUGUAUACAUGGGACUUAAAUAGUUAUUAAUAUAAAAAUGCAUUUUUUUUAAAUUGCUUAAAUUCAGCAUCUAUGGAGCUAUUUGAAACCUAUAAUCAAUUAAUAAUCGAUUGUUAUAAUACCUAAACUAUUCGAGCAAUUUAUAUAUCUUAAAAUUUUACACAAUAAAUUCUAGAAAAGCAUAACACAUGGAUGUAAUCUAGUUCUUUAGAUAAAAUUAAUGGCUGGGCUUUUUUUUAAGGAGAAGAUGAUUAGAUAAUUAGAAUAUUUGAUGUUAAAGGACCUCCUGGAAACAAUCUUCUAUUUAAAUUUAAACUUUAAUAUUCAUCUUACAUUUCUUUUAUUUUCUUUGAUACUAAUUAGAAAAAAUUAAUAAUAGUUAGCUAAGAAAUAAACUUGGUAAUUGAUAUGAACACUUGUCUAUAAAGAAAUGUCCUUAAUGAUUAUGAUUCUAAUAUUUGUGAGAUUUGUAAAAACGAUUUUAUAUUCAACAUAGUAGAUUAUUCAAAUCCAAUAAUAAAACCUAAAAGUGUAAAUUAAGGAUAAUAUGGGUUUGGAACAGAUACUUAACCUUUUACAAGCUAUAGAUAAACCUUAGAAUAAUAAAUAAAGGCUAGUUUUCUUAUUCACUCAAUUGUUUCGAUGAGUUUCCUCUAAUCAUAUCUCAAAAUUAAUACUAAUAAUCAAAACUAUUUAAUCAAUAAUUCCUAGUUUUAAAAUAGUGAUUCAGUUAAUGAAGAAAAAUACUUCUAACCUCUUUCAGCAAAUGAUUCAAUUAUUUUAACUUAUUAAAACAAUUAAAUAGCUACUUUUUCAAAUUUUAAAAGCAUCACAUUUUAAGAUGCAAUUUUUAAAUAUGAUUUUACAUCUGUUCAGCAAGAAAGUCAAAAUUCUUUUAAAUGUGGAUUAAAUGUAUAAAAUGUCUAAAAAUUAGAUUUGAUAAAUUAUAAGUUCUAAAUUACUGGAAUCAAUAAUUUAAAUGAUGUUUCUCUGUAAUGUGGAAAAAUUAUAGCAAUAAAUUCUACAUUACUUCUCCAAAAUUCUACAUUUUAAUAUUUAUAAAUUACAGAACCACUGAUAGUUUCUAAAGACUCACCUAAAAUAUUGCUUUCUUACAUAAAUAUUAAUUUAUGCAGCAUACAAAGUUAAAGUAUUUUAAGCUUAGCAUAAGGUUCAACAAAUUUGAUUAUCGAUAAUCUUAAUUUUUAAAACAAUACUGGUAAAUAUUAAGAUCCAAGUUCAUCGGGAUAAUUAUUUCAGUAUACAACAGUUUAGGCUAAUAAUAUAUACAUAGCUUUUAAUAAUUUAUAAAAUAUAUUUUUCUUCAAUUCUAUUAUAAACCAAUAAUCUCAAGUUGAUUUAUCCCAAGAAAGUAGCACUUUUAUAUUUACUCAAGUAUAAUUUAUCCAAAAUUAUAUCUUAUCAGCCCAAUAAACUAUUUUUGCAUAAAUGAAGUUCCCAUCACUUUAAGAUCCUAAUUUUGCAUUAAUUUGUUAAGAUAUGGUUUUUUAAAACAAUACAAUAAUCCAAAUAGAUCUAUAAAAUUUAAUAAAUAAUUAGCCUUAAGUUAGUAAUAUAUCUUAAAAUUCUCUAUUUAGUUCUUAUAAUCUUGCAUCUUUUAAAUUUAAUAAUCUAACAUUGAUAGAUACAAAAAAUAUGGGAAUUUUAAAUGCUUUCCAAGCGAUAUCUUUUUAGGCAGAUACUAUUUAAGUAUAUAAUAGCUAAAUUCCGAUAAUUGAAAAUAUUAGACCUCCACCUCUACUAUAUUUUUACCAAAUUUAGGAUUUUUCUGUCUCAAAUUCAUCUUUCAAAUAUAUUUACACAAAGGACUAAUCAAUAAUCAAUAUAUAAAACUCUGAAAAUGGCUAAAGCUCAGUAAAUAUAUAUAAUUCUACGUUUAAGGGAAAUUAUAUUCAUUCAACAUAACCAUAUUAUCCAGCAAAUACUAUUUAAAUAUAAUCAAGUUCAGAAUCUUAAAUUUUAUUUGAUAAGGUUUCAAUUAUCAAUUGUUUUCUCAAUUCUACGCCUAAUAAUUAUUUUCCUUCUACUAAUUCAUUUUGGAUACAAAAUAUUUAAGGUGAAGUUAAUCUAACGAAUUCUGUAUUUACUGAUAACUUUUCGAAUGGUCCUUACAAUAUAAUGCAGAUAGUUUCUAAUUCGAUAAAUAUAAAUUAAUGCAAGUUUUAAAAUAGUUCUUAUCCAGAUAAAAAUCUUUAAUAAUUUAAUUAAACUAUUGAAAAAAAUAUAAAUUCUGAUGGUGCUUUUAUAAAUAUAUAGUCACAAUUUAUAUAGAUUUCAUAAUCAAUACUAGAAAAUUCUUACUCAAAAUAAAAUCCUCUCAUGUACCUGUCUUCAUUUAGUGAAAAUUUAUAAAUAAUAAUAGAUGAAUGCCAAUUUUUUGAUUCAUACUCUAUUUAAGGAUCAGCAAUAUAAGUAUAUUCAAGCUCAAAUUAAAUUAAUUUAACUAUGACGAAUUCUAAAUUUUAAAAUAUAUUCUUAAGAGGAGAGAGUCCAUAGCUGAUUAAAUUAGGGUUAAAUAAAUAAAAAUAAGUAAAAGAUCAGAUUUCUUUCAAGAAUAUAACAAUUUCGAACAUUUAUGGAGAUUAAGGCUGUUCAUUUUUUUCUUAAUACUCAGGCGAUAUUACUCUUGAUCAAAUCAAAAUACUUUCUGAUAUAAGCUCCCUUUCCAUUAUUCCUUUCUUUUAAAGUAUUUACUAAAAUCAAUUAUUUUGCUCAUAAAUAGACUCAUUGAACAAUAAAAUUAAGGUUAGCAACUAUAAUAUUUCAAAUAUUUAAUAAGCUUUUAAGAUAAUCUAUUCGAUUUAAAAUUCAGAAAUUUUUUAGAACUAGUUAUUCAUAAGCGAUUAAAAUUCUGAUAUUAAAAUAGCUCAGCUGGCUAUUAAUUAGUGUUAGUUAUUACCAUAGUAAAGACUUAUGGAAUUCUCAUCAACUAUUUUUUAUGGUGAUACUUUACAUAUUAAUUAAAUUAUGAACUUAGGUAGUUUAAAUUAAACAAUAUCACAAGAUUAAUCUUACAACUAAGGAAAUAUGUAUUUUGAAAACUCUUAAAUUAAAUUUUUUAAAUUAAAUACAAGUAAUAUAUAAUGCAUUUAUUGCAACGGAGGAUCUAUAUAAUUUAAAAAUAGUACAGGAGAAAUAGUCGACUCUUAAUUUGAAAAAAACUUAGCCAGUAAUGGAGGUGCUAUUUCAUUAGAAAUGCCUAAUUAAAAAUUAAAUAUUUUAUCUUGCUAGUUUUCUAAAAAUGUUGCUACUAAUUUCGGAGGAGAUUUGUAUAUGUAUAACACUAAUGACGUAGAAUUUGAAUUUAGAAUUUAAAAUAGCAUAUUUUAAUUUUCUUCAUCUAAAUAAUAUGGAGGAUCUGGAUACUUUGAAUAAAGUUUUUCUUCAUCAUUGAAAAAUAUAAUAUUCCUACAAAAUAUUUCAUUUAUUGAAACUCAAUCUUAGAUUGGAGGAGCAAUUUUUUAUUAGAAUAUUAUACCUAUUUAAAGCUAAAUUAAUUACAUAAAUACUUCUGCCUUAAAAUAUGGUAAUAAAGACUAUUCUUUUCCUAGAAAAGUGUAAUUAAUAAACCCAGCAAAAAAUAUUAUUCCGAUGGAUGAAACAUUUUCAAAGAUUAUUUCUUUUUAAAGUGGAGAUUUUUUACCUCAGCUUUCUUUUCAUUUUUUAGAUUAACAUAAUGAAAUUCUUAAGCUGUCUGAUAAAAAUUACAUAUAAGUAAAAAAAACUUAUAUAUAUAUUGAUAUUUAAACACCUGAUAUUAAUUCUUAUUAAUUAAUUGGGGUAUAAAACGGAUAAUAUGACUUUAAUACAUUUAUUAUGACUAUAACAUAAAACAAAUUUGUUGGAGUACCUGGAAGUACAGUUUAUCUGUACAUUUUGUUUGAGCACAUAUCCUAGAUUUAAGAUGGUUUAAUAGUGUAAAAUAACUUUUAAUAUAAAUUAGAAGUUUAGUUUAGAGAGUGUUAAAUAGGAGAAAUUAAAAAAAUUGCCACUAUCAAUUUAAAUUAAAUUUAAUCUAACUUAACUGAAUGCCAAAUUUGUGGGAAUUAAACUUACUCUUUCGAUUUUUAAUAAUGCUAUUAAUGCCCUUCAGGUGCUUAAUGUUUGGGAGGAGCUGAAUUAUUAAUUUAGGAAGGAAAUUGGAGAGAAGAGUAAUACUCUGACGUAAUAUUAGAUUGCUUUAAUCAAAGAACUAAUUGUAAAGGUGGAUUGGGUUUUAUGAACUCCUUAUGUUACCAAGGACAUAUUGGUCCUCUUUGUGAAGAAUGCGAUAUUUUUGGAGAAGUAUGGUAGGAUAAAUAUAGUAAAACAAGUUCUUAUUCAUGUACAAACUGUAGAGAAAUCAAGGCAAACAUUUAUUUGCUUAUUAUUAGCUAUUUUGUACUUCAGAUAUCUUUAUCUUUUGCUAUUAAAAAUGAAAUUGCAAUUAGAGAAAAUAAGGUUAUAAAUUAAUUUAAAGAAGGAAAUUAAGCAGGUUAGGCAUUAUAAAAUGAAUAAAAUUAGUAAGUCCAAUAAAACAAGCCAAGUUUUAGAUAAGAUAAAAUAUCCACACAAGCAGCAAUUAUCGUAAAAUUUAUGGCACAUUAUUUCUUAAUAUUUAGCUCGCUAUCAGGCUUUAACUUACAAAUUCCAAAAGGAAUAAUAGAAACUCCUAUGUAAAUUGCUUCUCCGCUUAGAAGCUCUUUAUCGAAUUUGGAAUGCUUUCUAAGCUAAAUGAAAUUAGAACUACCCUUUAUUUACUUUAGGUUUUUAUUCGUUACUAUGCUUCCUAUUGUUUAUUUUACUGUCUUUUUAAUUUAGAUUAAAAUCUGGUACUUUUUUUAAAAAAAACCUUUUGGUGGACAUAUACUAUAUUCAUCUGGAUUGUUCAUUUUAUUUUACACUCAACCUGAUAUUCUUUCAUUUAUAAUUUAGUUACUAAGCUGUAGAAUUAUCAAUAGAAAACCAUAUAUUCUUGCUAAUAUUACAUAAAGAUGCUACACCCAUCAAUAUUACUAUUACAGUUUGAUUUUAGUUUUUCCAGUUUUUCUUGUUUUUGUAGUAGGAAUACCUGGUUUUUUCUUUUUAAAGCUUUAUUCAAACAGAUAAAAUAUUACUGAUCCUCGAAUUGUUAUGAAAUUCGGGUAUUUACUACGUGAAUAUAAAAAAGAUAGAUACUAUUGGGAGUUUGUACGCAUGAUUGAAAGAAUGGGCUUGAUUUUUGUUCUUAAUUAUUACUCUUAAGACUUUAUAACUAAAGCAUGUCUAAUUUUAAUUAUUGUUGCAAUUUACUGGAAAUUGAUAGAGAAUAAAUAACCUUAUAAUAAUCCUGUUAAUUAAAAAAUAGAUAAUUAUCUAUGCAUGACAUGCUUUUUGACUGUUUUAUUUUCUUUAUUUUUAUAAAACUAGCCAUAUAGUUAUUUUAUAAUUAUAUCGCUCUCAAUUAUAUUUUUAAUAAAUAUAGCCUUUAUCUUUUAUAUAUUUAAUAAGUUUAUAGCCAACUUCUGGAAAAGAAUACAGCUUAUUGUAUUUAACCUUCUUACAAGUAAAUGCUUUAAAAAGUUUUUUAAAGUCAAGUUUAAAUUUGUUGAGAAAUAAUAAAAAAUGGAAGAAUUAAGAAAAUAAGUCAAAGCUAAACUUGCCUUUUCCAUUUAAGAAUUAUGCAGAAGUAAUUUAAAUAAAAUUUUUUAUUUAACAACUUUUAAAUAAAUUAUAAAAGUGUACAAUAAAUAAUAAAGAAUGAACAAAUACAUAAUUAUUGCAGCUGAGUAUUAUAAAACAAAUAAAAACAAAAAAGAAAACUAAAAAAUGGUAUAAUAAAAUUUUAGCUCAAGGUUUAUUAGAUAUAAAAGGCAAUCAAUAGAUAAUACAAGUCUUCAAUUUAGAACUAAUGAUAAAAAUGAAUAGAUAGAAAAAGUAUUUUCUCAACAUGAAAAUAAAAGAACAUAAAACUUUUUAAUAAAAUAAAAAAGUAAUAAAGAGGAAAAUUAAAUUUAGUUAAGCUCAGUAAAACUAAGUUCAUACCUUUAUUCAAAUUCUUAUUAAAACUCUCCUAAUAAUCCUUUAUCUAGAAAUAUCAAUGAAUUUUAUAAUGAUAUUAAUUUAAAUAACAAUGACUGUAUAGAGGAGAACACAACUAAAGAGAAAGGUCAUGUAUUUUAACUUUCAAACAAUUCUUAAGAGAUGCAAAUAAAUAGAUAAAUAAGCGAUUUAAAUGACGAUGCCUCUCAUUCUUCUAAGUAUAGCAUAUAAGAUGAAUAAUCUUCAGAAUUAAAAUAAAAUAAAAAUAUACAAUCAAUUUAAUAGAAUACAAAUAAAUUAGAAUAAUAGAUUAAUAACAAAUAUAACUUCUAAGAUUAGUUAAUCAAAACAAUUUAAACAUUAAAAAACUAAAGCAUAUUAGUUGAUUAAAAAAAUGAUUAAGAUAAAAGCUGA